GUUUGUUCAAGACUCGUUCAAGACGCAGACCCUAAAAUCCUUUUCUGCCGCUUCUGCUUUACUCACCUGUCCACUCAAAUCCAGCGACUUAGCGCCACUGUCGUACCACUGGAAGUUGUCGGCGCUCAUCCGCCGGUGUCGCAUACCCUCUGCCGACAAUUGUUGCAUCUCCAUUUGACCCUAAUCGAUGUGGUUGGUGCUUUCAAAGGAACUAAAACCCUAAUCGGAUGGGGCUUGGAAUUUCUGAUCGUUCUUCCGUCUUUCCCUUCUCCUUCUCUCUAAAACCCUUCAUAACCAAAGUUGUCCUCCAUCUAUUCCUUUCUUAUAAUCUGAGGUAAACACCAUUUGCUCAUGUUUUUGUUGAUCGGAGCUUGGAAAGAAUGAAAGCCACCCAGAUCGAUGUGCUUGGAAGGGAACUAAAACCCUGAUUAAUUCAGGUUUCGAAAGUAACGAAACUCAUAUAUGUAUGUAUGCCUUUUACCUUUCUAUUGGAACCAUCACAAGCAUGCCUCAAAGGAAAGUUGUCUUGGAUCUACUUCGGUUUAUAUAAUGGCCCUUCAAGAUAUGAAGGAGAUAGUGGGUCGGUGAUAGAGUUGGAUACCAUGGUGGCCUCCGGUGAAUUUGGUGGCGAGAGGUUCGGGAGUUGGAACGAGCGCAUGUCGAAUUGGCCCGACAAAAUGGCGAAAUGGCCGAAAGACAACAAAUGGAAAAACAAAAUGCGGAAAUGGUCGAAUGCUCCUUAGAUUAUUUGUUGUAAACGUUUGUAAGUUUUUAAGACUUCUAUAUUAUGGUUUUGGUUUACGAUUGUUAAACCUUGUGUUCUAAUGUGUAAACAUUUGUAGGAAUUUUAGAUUUAUGUUUAUUGUUUUUGUGUACCAA